AUGAUAUGCUUACUUUCCUUCAGCUUCAGUAUCUCUACGGUGCGCGGCCAAUAUUGCGGUGACGAUCAACAAUCCAUGUUGCUCCAAUUGAAGAAUAUCCUCGUAUUUGACAAUGCUUCAUCCACAAAACUAGUGCACUGGAAUCAAAGUGUCGAUUGCUGUUCAUGGGAAGGUGUAAGCUGCAGGGGCUCCCUAGUCUUAGGUCUCAACCUGGCCAACGAAUCCAUCUCGGGUGACCUUCUCAAUUCAUACAAUGACUUUAGCAUUCAAUAUCUCCAGAACCUGAGUUUGGCUCAUAACAAGUUGAAAACAUUUCCUAGCUUCUUGAUAAAUCUGUAUGAGUUAUUUUUUCUGGACCUUUCAGACAACCAGAUUCAUGGAGAGAUACCCAAUUGGAUCUGGGAACGUUAUUUCCUUCAAUCCUUGAAUCUUUCUUAUAACUAUUUGGAGACUUUAGAUUUGUCUUUACUCAGCAUUUCUCGAGUGAACCUCCUAGACCUUAGCUUCAACCAGCUCCAAGGGAAAUUCUUAGCUUUCCCAGAACAAGCUCAAUACUUGGAUUUCUCAAGAAAUAACUUCAGCUCUGUCAUACCAGCUAGCAUUGGCAACUUCCUUAGCAACACUUAUUUCUUCUCUCUUUCGAAUAAUAAAUUCUAUGGGAGUAUUCCUAGAUCAAUAUGCAAUGCUACAAAGCUUAUUGUUUUAGAUUUAUCUGAUAAUUUCUUGAGUGGCACAGUUCCUCAAUGCUUAUUUAAGCUGAGUGAGGUUGAUCAAGAGAUGUCAAAGCCAAGUUUAGGGGUGCUAAAUCUAAGCAAAAACAACCUCACCGGCACAAUUUCUAAUGUGUUUCCAAGUAAUUGUGGCUUACAAACUUUAAGUCUCAAUGGAAACCAACUAGAAGGAAAGCUACCGAAAUCUCUUGCCAGAUGCACAUCUUUAGAUGUUUUAAACCUUGGGAACAACCACAUCGAGGAUGCCUUCCCAUGUUACUUGAAGAAUAUAUCCAUGUUGCACAUCCUUAUUCUGCGAUCUAACAAAUUUUACGGGCCCAUUGAUUGUCGAGGGCUUAAUGCCUCCUGGCCAAAGCUUCAAAUUGUAGACCUCGCUGCAAACAAUUUCACUGGUAAGUUUCCAAUAAAAUACUUUUCGGAUUGGAAGGCAAUAAUAGAUGAUAAAAUUGAGGUCAAAUAUGUGCUUAAUCACCUCCACUUUGAUCCAAGACAAGGUGUGCCCAAAGAUGGUAACUUUUUUGAACUCGAGGUUGUUCUCAAUCUUAUGUCUGUGAUAGACAUUUAUUAUCAAGAUGUGAUAAUUGUUACCAUGAAAGGCCUAGAGGCAAAGCUAGUGAAGAUCCUAACCAUCUUCACAGCCCUCGACUUUUCAUGUAACAAUUUUGAGGGGCCAAUACCAGGAGAAAUCGGAGAACUCAAAUUGCUACUUAUCCUCAACUUGUCUCAUAAUGCUUUCACGAGCCAAAUCCCACAAUCUUUGGGAAAAUUGACUUAUCUUGAGUCACUAGACUUGUCAAGCAACAAGUUUACCGGUGAGAUUCCUGUCCAACUUGCAGAUGGUCUAAUUUUUUUGUCAGUUCUCAACUUUUCGUUCAAUCAAUUGGUGGGACAGAUUCCACAGAUCAAGCAAUUUGCUACGUUCUCGGAAACUUCCUAUGUAGGGAACAAAGGAUUAUGUGGCUUUCCUUUGAAAGAAAAAUGCACACGUGAAAAGUCGGGAUCGUCGUCUCCUCCAACAUCUGAAGAAUCUCAUUCGAAUUCUAGGAAUGCAAUUGACUGGAACUUCUUAAGUGUUGAAUUGGGAUUUGUUUUUGGUUUUGGGAUUGUUAUUGGGCCUCUUAUGUUCUGGAAGAGAUGGAGGAUAUCCUACUACAAACAUGUUGAUGACAUUUUUUUCAAGAUGUUUCCUCAGCAAUACGUUAGAAUAGAAAAUCGCCAAAGACGAGCACACAUGAAUCAAGGUCGACGAACACACAGAAAUCAAGGACACAGGCAUUAG